AUGACAACCGGUAUCUUUGGUCCAGGUCUAGUGAAGCCAUCCAUGAAGGCCAGUCGAAAGACAAGUUUACCAAGUGUCAUGGCUAGUCCAGUGAAAGGUGGAGGCGGAGGUAUCUUCGACAACAAUCAUGUUGCCAAUACGACUGCGAAUCUUUGGGGUGCGGAAGAUGAUCCCGGGCAGGGGAAGCAACCCGAUGUGGCAACCCCAUCCAUACCGUCUGGCAGUAGAACUUCCGAAGAACAGAAUAAGGAGGCCGACCUUGUCAUUGAAGACUUUGGAGGCUCGGCCGAUAAAGGCAAGCAGCGCGAGGGAUGGGAUUCGCAUCGUGCAUCAAGCGCAUUGCAUGCUUUAUCGCGAUCACUCUCUGUUCUCCCAAAAACUCCGCCGAAGAUAAUCGCAGCGGGCACGCGCACAGGGCUUCGGUCAUCGAGUAGUACGUAUCAUGGCGCAUCAGGUUCAGGCUCCGAAUUUGCUACGAACGCGAAGGACAAAGGCAAGCCUAACGAAGGUACGGAUGUCGCAGCAUCGCAACAGAACGCAUCCUCCAAGAAUGACGCCGCUGCUAGUCCCGUGGAAGGUGGAAGCGCAGGUAAGAGCGUGUUGAAAGUGUUAAAGAAGUGCGCAAUAUUUGUGGACGUGCGGACGGAUGACGGUGAUGAUGCGGGGAGUCUGUUCGUCGACAUGUUAAGAGGGCUCGGCGCCAGAAUACUUGCGCGUGUUGGGCAAAGCUGUACGCACAUUGUGUAUAAGAAUGGUUCAACGAACACGCUGACGCGAUACAGACUUCUGAAUGACCCCAAACCACUGGUCGUUGGGAUUGCAUGGGUGGUGGAGUGCGUUGAGCAAAGAUCCAGGGUGGAUGAGGCGAAGUUCAAAGUUGAUAUAGAGCUAGUCAACAUCGCGGGCACCAACAAGAGGCGACGUUCUAUGCUUCCGAAGCAUAUGUCAACUAGUGCUGGGUCAAACUUCAUGCCGGCCAACCCCUCAUCGGAAGCCGAUGAGAAUGAGGGACAGCGACAACCAGAUAAUGGCAACGCAGAUACAAGCUUCAGGUCUUCCAAAGACGAAGAUGACCUACCACCGCUAGAGCGUGCACGAAGGCGGCGCAGUGCUCUUCCUGGCGGACAGACGCGGCUGAUUUAA